UCAUGCGAUAAAUGACAUUGAUGUUCAUCAUGCACGGAUAACUUCAGGCACUAUUAUAUGAACAGGUAAAGAUGAAGUUAAAGAUUCUUUUUGUAGUCUUCAGUUUUUUCCCCAACAGUUUUGGGACUGGUGGGUUUUAUCCUUACGGACAAUCUAAUGGAGACACGGCUGUGGGAAAAAAUGAUGACAGUAGCUCCCCAAAAAUUCCAAUAUCCACCCUGUUUCCGUUUUUCAACCACCAGCAUAAUCAUUUGAUUGUUAACACGAAUGGCGUCAUUUCCUUCCUGAAGACAGUUUCCACUUUCACACCAAAUCCUUUUCCUCUGGAUGAUGACAGACGGUUGAUUGCUAUUUUCUGGGCAGACGUCGAUACAAGAAACGGAGGAACUGUGUGGUAUCGCGAAUCAACCAACCAAACAAUACUCAACAGAGCAACAGAGGAAGUUCGAACAUAUUUCCCCCAAUUUUUUCGUUUUCAAGCUACUUGGGUCUUCAUCGCAACUUGGGAUAAUGUCGCUUUCUAUGGAUGUUCAAACUGUGACAUAAGAAAUACAUUUCAAGAGAUCCUAAUAACAAAUGGGCAGCAUUCAUUCACUGUUUUCAAUUACGGACAAAUUGAGUGGACGACAGGAACUGCAAGUCAUGGAGACGCCUUGACAGGAUUAGGUGGAGUCCCUGCUCAGGUUGGAUUUAAUGCAGGAGAUGGCAGGGUAUUUUAUGUUGUUAAUGCGUCGAGAACACCUGACAUCAUCAGUGUAAAUCACAUGUCUAACAUAGGAAUCCCAGGAAAAUUUGCCUUCCGUAUUGAUGCUGCUGAAAUCGACAAUGGUGGAUGUAAUACCUGGGGCACAUUGAUGAUUUCCCCUCGGUAUGGCCCAAUGCUGGGUGGACAAUACGUCGUGAUCGGAGGUCCCUGUAUGAAUCCUGAUGAUAGUAUCCAAAUAUUGUACUCACCGAUUGAAAGAUCAUUUUCGUGUCGGCGAGAGUCCAACUACAGUGUUGUAUGCAUCACGCCGAUGUUUAACUUGACCGGUGACAUCAAAAUCGUCCUUAUCAUCAGAAACGUCAAUGGAAAGACACGGAGACAUUCUGGAGUAUAUACAAUUGUGAAUCCUGCUAUAUCCAAUAAUCCAGUCAGGCGACACGAACCCGAGAAAUGGAUUAAUGGACAACAAUAUGGCAUCUCAUGGGACCCACAGGCAUUUGAACUACGAGGCUCGGAACGAAUUCACAUACAUUUAUAUACGUUGAAGGAACAUUUGAAUAAACAAUUAGUGUGGGAAAAGUCGGUGCUGCAUGACAACAUCAACAACCGUCGUCAAAUAUUCUAUAUAAGUCUUUAUUCAGAAGGAUAUGUGGGAACCAUACUUGUCACACCAGCUAUACAGACAGAAUUUGAUAUACCAACAAGGGGUAUUUGGUCAGAUAUCUUUGCAAUAGUGCCCACACAAGAACACUCAAAGCAACUGUGUUUUUCAUGGCUAAGAAAUGAAGUUCGUAUGCCAGGAGUCUCUUCUGAUGAUUUACCCCCAUGUCCCUGUACACUGCAGCAGGCUUUGAUGGACACAGCACGAUACCAGCCCGAUCCCGACUGUAAUAUGAUAAAUACUAGAAAACAAGACUUGAAUUGUUUGUACAGAGCUGAUGCCCAACAUUGUGUUCGGCUUAGUGCGCCAGGACCUUUCGGAAAAGACAAUGUGUGUUGCUACGGGGUGGACCAAAAUCUCAUUGAUUCUCGAAUAAAAGAAGGUGGUACCCUCCAACGAUAUCACUAUUUGGGAGGAGAGGGCAAUGUACCGUACUUGACUAACUUCUACUAUGAUGUGCUCCCGUACCUACACUGCUGUAAAUACGGAUCCAGUGUAGAUUUGGGAUACGAAGGGAUAUCUGUCUUCUCCGAAUGCCAGGAUUACCUGCACUUCAGAAACAUCAGUUCCUGUUUCAAUUACGUUCCACCACGACCAGCUGGAGCAAAUGGGGAUCCCCACAUGAAAACCUUAGACGGCUUCGGUUAUAACUUCAAUGGAAUAGGAGAAUUUAGUUUCAUCAUAUCGAAUAAUGCAUCAUUUAAGAGCCAAAUUAGAUUUGAACAGGCAAAGAACAGUGCAGGACAGUACGUCCGAGCCAGUGUCUGCACAUCAUUCGUAGCACAAGUGACAAAUAUAAGCGAUAAAGUAGAAGUUCGUCUAAACUCCAUCCGAGUAGCGGACGUUAUUAUCAACGGACAAACACAAGAUUUCAGCGAUGUAUCCUGGCUCCGAUACCGAGGUGUUUCUGUACUAAAUUUACCCAAAUAUUCCGGAAACUCCACAGGCAGAGAGAUAAUGGUAAUGUUUGCUGAUUUGGGCGUUUCUUUUCGGAUUCUUGCCACUCAAGAAGUGCUUAAUGUUAUGCCCAUCAUUGGCAACAUCCAUUUAAAAGGCACAGUCAGUGGUCUUCUUGGCGAUUUUGAUGGAAUUCCAACCAAUGAUUUGAUUUUGCCAAAUGGAAACGUUUUAGAACCCAACGCAACAGAAGAAGCAAUAUUCCAAAAAUUUAAUACGGCAUGGAGAAUUCCAAGUACGGACUCAUUGUUCACUUAUCCUAAUGGCAGAAAGUAUGCGGAUUAUAAUGUCAUGCAUGCUGCUUUCCUCCCUACAUUUUUUACAUCUGUCGCAAGUUCUGUUACACCAGAGGCUGUGGAACUGUGUGGGAACAACACAGAUUGCCUGUUCGACUUCCAAGUCACUGGAUCCAAGGAAAUCGCCCAAGAAACUCUGGACUUCACAACUAAACUUGAAGAAGCAGAGGAUGCCGCUGUACCAGUCAUAGCCUGUCCCAUGCUUAGAUCCACAGAAGGAGGGGUAUGGCAGUCAAACAGUACUCUGGAGAAUGCAAAAGCUGUCUUUAUUUGCGGUAUGGGCUACCGAAGGAAAAAUCCAUGUAUUCCAACAAUUUGUAAGAAUGGAACAUGGUCUAAUUUUCAUCCGUGUUUCUGUGAAAAGAUUUUACGACUUACACCCUCGUCAACCUUGCAACCAACCCACACAGCGACACCUGUAUUGAACGACAACUCUGAUUUGCUCAAGUCUAUAUCUAGCAAGGUUCAAAUGAUGUGGUUCACCAUUGGGGGAGGAGUAAUUAUCAUCAUCAUCAUUACGCUCAUUGCAUCUUUCGUAUUAUGUUUUAAAUUCAGAUCACGUGAAAGGUCUACCAGGAGCACUGAAGGAACUUCAUCAUCCAUUGGAACAAUAGGCAGCUUGUCGGGCUACCGGAAAUACACUGGGGGAUCCCAAAAGUAUCAUGGUCAUUUCAAUACAGAUAGAGGUCAAAUGUACUCGGAUUGUCAUGAUGACAGCACACGUAGUCUGCCUCGGUAUAAUGUUUAUGAAAACAGGGCAUUUAGAUACUCAGAAACUGAUUCCAGAUAUGACGAUAUUCCUUUCAGAGAACAACGACAUCCAGAUAUACUCUACUGAAGGAAGUGAAGGAAGUGAACGGACACACAACAUCUGUAAAAUUAAUGAAUAUUGUAAUCGUUAUAAUAAUCAGGUGAAACUGUUUAUGCUGAUCGAUUUAUUUUCAAUCGGUGGAUAGUCAAACAAAUUAUGAAUUAAUUGUAUGUACAAAAUAGUAUGAAAUGAAGAGAAAAACUCAAUCAACUUGUCAAUAUGUAAAAAUGCUGUAUUUGCAGAAUUGUACGCUCAAAUGCUGAUAAACUUACUAAUUAAAAGUAAUGCUUUAUAAGAAAUAAAUUAUAUCUGAUAGUGUAUGAUGUAUAAUGAAGAAGAAGUAAUUUAACAUCACAUUUUUAAUAUCACUCCGUAGAGUCAGCGUGGUGUUUGCCAAAUUAAUUUAUGUUCCUUAGUUAAUAUGACUAGCUGAGUAGCCUUUGCUUGUUACUUGAGAUAGGCAGUGAAAACAGGACAGUGAUGUGAAUUGAAAAAAUGUCAUUUAUUUUGAAAAUGACGAAGGUAUAUAACAGAAUAGCUAAUGGGGGUCAGAAUUAGUCGAAAACAAAAAUACCAGAGCAUAUGUAUCACAUAGGUAUGGUUAUGUAAUCUGACCCCCUACAACACAUAAUGAAAUAUCGAAAUGGUGCUGUCUGCAAUCAAAUAAGGUGGGUUUUACAAAUAAAACAGGCCACAUUCCAAUUGCAAAUUGGAUCCGCCCACCCAAAGGCAACUGGCAAGGCUGAUGAACCAAAAUAAAUUUUGUACGUCUUGGCACAAUAUAUGAAUAUUUCCGACUUCCGUGUUCAUUAAAGAACAGCUGUCUAUAUGGACAUGGCUUUUUAUUUAUCAUCAGCAAUGGUCGUAUGAAGUGUUGAAAAGUCUUAUGUUUUGAUGAUAUUGAUUUCAGAUUUAUAUAAACGUGUUUGAUAUUUGAGAAUCCGCGUUUGAUUUACACCACUUGUUGUUGUGGAACAAUAUGUCUGAAAUUUCUCCUUCACAGUAAUUAUCAUUUUCGUGGAGAUUAGUUACACUGGUUCUUGUAAAACAUUUGCUAGCUCCUGCAAUAUAUUUAUGUUUGUAAGAGUUAUUGUGUACUUAUAGAAUCCAGUAUAUCAAUUUGUUCUAUUCACUGAGAUAUAAAAUGUGUUUAAAACUGAAA